AUGGACCCAAACAAGAUUCCCAACAGUAACUCCUGGGCCAAUUCGGCGGCCCUAGAAGAUGAUAUCUGGAAUCCGGAUUGGGACGAGUUCAGCGCUGACCCUCUUCAGGAUGCUGAAUUCGCCGUUUCCACCACGGAUGAUAACAUACGUUUUCAGUACGAAACGGCUCAGUCGAUUCAGGAGCUCAAUCAAACGGCACCUCUGCCCCCUACCAACGAUCCGACGCCGGACCGCGUGGGAUAUCUCCCCACUUCCAUACUUGAUCGUACCGCUUGGGAGUCAAACACCGAAGCUGAGAAACGAAAAGAUGUCUACAGUACAGGAGUCGCCCUGGUCUUACCAACACAAAAAUGGAUCCCCGUUGAGGAAGAAGAUCUGGCGCUCAAGGACCCAAAUACAACAACACCGCAGCAGGCCAAUGUCAAGCCCACCGCUUCUCGCUGUGCUCCGUGCAGAUUUGCAGGUGAGGUCCAAGAUCUUUUGGUCGCCUUGCGAGAGAAAAUCGACCAAGUGUCCCAAUUUAGCUCCGGCGAGUCUCUUGAGUCCCUUUUUGGUGGCAACUUGCAUGGGACCUUGUUGACGGCGUGGAGCUGCGCGUACUGGCUCACAGUGCUGCUCAAUUGGGAUGACAACGCCUUAUACCUAAACCCACUCACCGUCGGCCUUCACGGUGGUAUAGACCUCGCCGAUGCAAAAAAUCUCGUCCUGGAGCUCACGUAUUCGGUUGCCCACCAUGUCCAAGUGCUCAUCCAGGAACUCUGCUACAGGGCCGCGGUCUCCAUGAGCGGGGCCGACAAGCACCACAAUCCCACCACCAUUUGCUGCGCUCUUUGGAUCGUCUUUGCCGCCACUCACAAGUUUGAAAAGCGGAACUUUGCUGCAACAAGCCUGGCAAAUUUGCGUUACUCGGACGUUCUAGAAGCCAAAGUACCCUUCCUCCAAAAUGACGAGUUAUUCCAAAACGGAGGAACUGCCCGUUUGGGUCUGAUGGUGCCGCGGCCUACGAACUCAACCUGGGACAAUCACGUGUCAGGGUUGGGCAUCACCCCCCGAACGGAUAGACCUCUCAUCCCGACCACCUCUACUCUCGACUUCAGCGCUUCCACGGCGCGUAACACAACCGUUCACGCACUCCGCCGUAACGCAAUGGCCCUACGUCGGUCUGUCGCUGAAGCGGAAGCACGCCGAUCUAAGCGCCGAGCAUCGCGGUCCCCGUCCGUCUCGGGAAUGAAUCGGCGGGCAAAAACUUGUCCAUCGGACACUGUCUGA